AUGGGGGACUCUCCAACAAAUGCCAUGGACAGAGGCAUAGACAUGUGCUGCAAAGACACACAGACUGAACUGGCAGAGCGGGUAGCAGCUAUAGAUGUGGCUGUUGGCCCAGACAGAAGUAAACAAAAUAGCGAAGGCAGCAUUGAAGAAAAUGACGCAGUCUUUUCUGAUAAUAUAAAAGAUAUCCAAAGAAAUGGAGUCAACAGUGAUGUGGGGAUGAAUGAAUGUCUGCCUUCCCAGCGGCUGGAAGAUGCUCACUGGAGGCAUGUUCCCAAGAGACCUCUCACUAGACCUGUCCUAUCGAGUAGGAAGUUGUCUCUUCAGGAGAGAUCAUCGGGAGGCUAUUUGGCUUCUAGCAACACUCCAGGUUAUGGUCCUUAUGCCACAGGGCCAUCACCACAUAUAAUGAGGAGGCCAACGAUAGAGUCCAAUCGGGUCUCGAUAUCGGAUUCUGAGGACUGCGUGCAGUUAAACCAGUACAAGCUGCAGAGCGAAAUAGGCAAGGGUUCCUACGGUGUUGUGAAACUGGCCUACAACGAGAACGAUGACAAGUACUAUGCUAUGAAAGUCCUCUCCAAAAAGAAGCUCUUGAAGCAAUAUGGGUUUCCACGUCGGCCUCCUCCCAGAGGGUCGAAAGCAUCCUCCGGAGAGCAGCCGAAGCCCAUGGCACCGCUGGACAGAGUCUAUCAGGAAAUAGCCAUCUUAAAGAAACUGGACCAUAUCAACAUUGUUAAGCUGAUAGAGGUCCUUGAUGAUCCUGCAGAGGACAACUUGUACAUGG